GUGCACGAUUUUGUAAAAAGUCGUGAGCCGUCGCCACCGAAUUGUCCUAUAUAAGCACCGACGGGAGCUUCAGUGCCACAAAAUCAUUCCACCAUGUUCUCCAAACAGCUGACUAUCUUCGCUUUUGCAGGCCUCUGCCUGGCGGCCGCGCUGCUGGUGUCCGCCGAGGAGGGGCAGGUCGCGCACGUGCUGGUGAAGCGGUCGGGCAACGACGGUGGCUGGUACCGGCGGCCCGGCAGCCCCACCAUGCGUCGCACCAUCAAGGUCGCCGGCGGCCAGCAGGUCGACUACACCGUCGACGCCGCCACGGGCCACAAGACCUCCAGCUACCUCGCCCUGGGCAAGAACGCCCGCCAGAGCUCCCCCCAGCGCACCGGCCAGCCGCACUCCGGCGGCCAGCCCAGCACCAGCAAGCAGGGCAAGAAGGGACACUGACCGCCCCGCCGCCCAUCGCCGUGGUGGUGAACCCAGUCGAGAUUUCGGUUCUCUUCAGUCAAUAAAGAAAUUACCAUGAUGAA